AUGGCAUCAAUGAAGCUCAACUCUUUGGUAACACAACCUCUUCUCUUGAUUUUCAUCAUCUUGGCUCUUGCAGUGUCGUUAUCUCCCAAUUUAUUCAUACCAUGUUUAUAUGGUAUGAUAAAAAAUGUGGAGCACCAUGUAAACAAGAAUUUUCUUAACUUACAUUCGGAUGAGAACAAAGCACAAUUUUUACAUCCAUCAAACUCGUCAUCAACGAAUAUACCUAAAGUUCUGAGUUCAUCUAUCAAUGGAUCUCAUCUCUCAAUUUUUGUGAUUAAUAAUAAGGUGUAUGUUUUGGCUAAUACCCAACAAAAUGGAUUAGUAAGUAUGGUUCACAAGUGCAGCAAAAUAGCACUCAUCUUCCUUGUAUCGACAAUCAUUACAAUGAGUGUAUCCAUUGUAAGUUUUGGUUUCAUAAUUGUUGGAGUUGCAAGGAGAGAGAUGCAUUUGUGUGCAUCUCUCAUAAAACAGAUGGAGGCCACAAGACAAGCUGAAACCAAGAGUAUGAACAAAAGUCUCGCCAUUGCUAGCGCCAGCCACGAUAUUCGAGCUUCUCUAGCUGCCAUUACCGGAUUGGUAGAGAUAUGCUAUGAUGAAGUUGCCUUUGGUUCCCCAUUAGAAACAAAUUUAAAACAAAUGGAUGCAUGUAUCAAGGACCUUUUAGGUAUAUUGAAUUCUUUUCUUGAUACAAGCAAAAUUGAAGCUGGUAAAAUGCAAUUAGAAGAGGACACAUUUGAUGUGGCACAACUUGUUGAAGAUGUGGUUGAUCUUUAUCACCCUGUUGGUAUAAAGAAAGGAGUAGAUGUUGUUUUGGAUCCUUUUGAUGGGUCUGUUAUAAAGUUUUCACAUGUCAAAGGAGACAGAGGAAAGCUAAAACAAAUACUAUGUAACUUGUUAAGCAAUGCCGUGAAAUUUACUUCUGAAGGACAGGUAACAGUUCGGGCUUGGGUUCGAAAACCAAGGUUGAAGAACUCCAUUAUUGCUUCAAACCGGAAUGGUUUUUUAAGUCACUUGUGCUGCAUAUUUCACAAAAACAACAAAGCAAAUGAUCAUGAUGACUUGGACGCCAUGGAUGAUCCAAAUGUCAUGGACUUUGUAUUUGAGGUUGAUGAUACCGGUAAAGGAAUUCCUAAAGAGAAGCAAAAAGCAGUUUUCGAAAACUAUGUCCAAGUAAGAGAAACUGCUCUUGGACUAGGAGGAACUGGUUUGGGACUUGGCAUUGUACAAUCUCUGGUACGUCUGAUGCAUGGAGAAAUUGGAAUUGUGGAGAAGGAAAUUGGAGAAAAGGGAAGCUGCUUCAGGUUCAAUGUUCUUCUGUCUGUAUGUGAGUCUAUGUAUUACAAUGAUACAAAAGAAGAGAAUAUUGAAAUAGUGGUUAAUUCCAUGGAUGGCAAUCAUGGCAUGCAGCAAAAUGACUCUGGAAUAACCAGGCAGACUCAUAGCCCCCCCAGGUUGACCAUUCAGACACCAGGACCCCGCUUAAACAUUCUAACUCCAAGCCAUGGAAGUGGAGUUCGUAAUCCAUCUAGUCCUAAAGCAGAGGGAUCACAUGUUGUGCUGAUGAUUCAGAAUCAUGAACGGCGAAGAAUUUCACAGAAGUUCAUGGAGAGCCUUGGGAUAAAAGUAAUAGUGGUGGAUCAAUGGGAAAGACUUCCUCGUUCUCUUAAGAAAAUAAAACACAAAUGGAACAGCAAUUCCCAUCACGGUUUUUCUGGGAAAUCAGAUUUUAGUUUUCAUAAUGAUUGGUUGAGCAAAUCUGCAUCCACUAACACCAGCAUUGGAGCAAAAGAUCAUAUGCCUUCAAGUUCCAUGGAUGGAAAUAAUAAUUACGUACUUUCUCUCUUCAGAAAGACUCAUCUUCGCGGUGCUUCGAGCUUUAUAUUGCUAGUGAUCGAUGUUACUUCUGGACCAUUUUCAGAAUUAUGCAAGAUUGUGAGUAAAUUCAAAAGUGACCUUCAAAGUGGUUGUUGCAAGGUUGUUUGGCUAGCAAAUCCAAUGUUACAUGGUAGGAUGGGCUUCAACAGCAAGAGGGUCAUUUUUGAUUCAGAUGAUAUUAUAAAGUACAAACCAUUUCAUGGAAAUUGUUUAUAUGAAGUGGUAAAACUUCUUCCAGAGUUUGGGGGUGCAUUUCCAAAGAGAGGAAGUGCUAAAGUUGCUGGAGCUCCAAGUUCAUCAAGGCAUCAAUCUCAAACCCAAGACGUCGAAUAUAAAAUGGAAGAUCAUGGUAAUUCAAGCAAUGGGGAACGAUGGAAGACGAUGAAAUCAGUUUCAUAUGGGUCUCAUAUUAGACCCAAGUCUCCAAUAGGUCACGAGCAUGGACUUCGACAGGAAGAUACGCGAGAGGAGAUUGAGAAACCUUUGAAGGGAAAAAAGAUUUUGAUUGCUGAAGAUAGCAGAAUAUUGGGCAGGCUGGCUAUGCAUCAUACUUCAAGGCUUGGUGCAACUGUUGAGCUUUGUGGAAAUGGAAAGGAAGCUUUAGAGCUGGUUUCCAAUGGUUUGGGCAAUCAAAUGAAACGAGGAGCUUCCUUGGCUCUUCCUUACGAUUUUAUUUUGAUGGAUUGCGAGAUGCCAACCAUGGACGGUUAUGAAGCAACAAGGCAGAUAAGGAAGAUGGAGGAAUCUUAUGGUGUCCAUAUUCCGAUCAUCGCAUUAACAGCUUACACAUCAGGUGAGGAAGCCAGCAGGACGAUUAAGGCUGGAAUGAACGCUCACUUAUGCAAGCCUUUGAAAGUAGAGCAUCUAUUAGAAGCCAUCAAGAACAUUCACAAUGCCUUACCUAAAAUACAUUCACAUUAA